CCAAUUAAACGAGGUUGCUUGCCAGCCUCGUUCCGGAGGCCCAAUAGGAGGCUGCAGGAGGCGGGCGCCGCGGCUAUAUAAGUGCGAGAAGAGCGUCAGUUGUAGCACACUGCGCAUCCGCGUAUAAGCUGUUGUACCCGUCCAUCAGAAACCGCCGCUGCCGCCGCCAUGAGGGAGAUCGUGCACCUGCAGGCUGGCCAGUGCGGCAACCAGAUCGGCGCCAAGUUCUGGGAGGUGAUCAGCGACGAGCAUGGCAUCGACCCUACUGGGACUUACCACGGCGACAGCGACCUGCAGCUGGAGCGGAUCAAUGUGUACUACAACGAGGCCACCGGUGGCAAGUACGUGCCCCGCGCCGUGCUCGUGGACCUGGAGCCGGGCACCAUGGACUCCGUGCGCUCGGGACCCUUCGGGCAGAUCUUUAGGCCGGACAACUUCGUCUUCGGUCAGAGUGGUGCUGGGAACAACUGGGCCAAGGGGCACUACACGGAAGGUGCGGAGCUGGUUGACUCAGUGCUGGAUGUAGUGCGGAAGGAGGCAGAGAGCUGUGACUGCCUGCAGGGCUUCCAGCUGACCCACUCCCUUGGGGGAGGGACCGGGUCCGGGAUGGGCACCCUCCUCAUCAGCAAGAUCCGGGAGGAGUACCCUGACAGGAUCAUGAAUACGUUCAGCGUGGUGCCCUCGCCCAAGGUGUCGGACACGGUGGUGGAGCCCUAUAAUGCCACCCUCUCGGUCCACCAGCUGGUGGAAAACACAGACGAGACCUACUGCAUUGAUAACGAGGCGCUCUACGACAUCUGCUUCCGCACCCUCAAGCUGACCACACCCACCUACGGCGACCUGAACCACCUGGUGUCUGCCACCAUGAGUGGGGUCACUACCUGCCUGCGCUUCCCCGGCCAGCUCAAUGCCGACCUGCGCAAACUGGCUGUCAACAUGGUCCCCUUCCCCCGCCUGCACUUCUUCAUGCCAGGCUUCGCCCCACUGACCAGCCGGGGCAGCCAGCAGUAUCGCGCCCUGACAGUGCCCGAGCUCACCCAGCAGAUGUUUGAUGCCAAGAACAUGAUGGCUGCCUGUGACCCCCGCCAUGGCCGCUACCUGACCGUAGCUGCUGUGUUCAGGGGCCGCAUGUCCAUGAAGGAGGUGGAUGAGCAGAUGCUUAACGUCCAAAACAAGAACAGCAGCUAUUUUGUUGAGUGGAUCCCCAACAACGUGAAGACAGCUGUCUGCGACAUCCCACCCCGGGGGCUGAAAAUGUCUGCCACCUUCAUCGGCAACAGCACGGCCAUCCAGGAGCUGUUCAAGCGCAUCUCAGAGCAGUUCACGGCCAUGUUCCGGCGCAAGGCCUUCCUGCACUGGUACACGGGCGAGGGCAUGGACGAGAUGGAGUUCACCGAGGCCGAGAGCAACAUGAACGACCUGGUGUCCGAGUACCAGCAGUACCAGGACGCCACGGCCGAGGAGGAGGGCGAGUUUGAGGAGGAGGCUGAGGAGGAGGUGGCCUAGGCUGUCUUGUACCCGGUAAAGUGUGGAAGCCAUGUGAACUCUUUAUUCACUCACACCCUGUUUUCAUGUCUGUGCACUUGCCCUUCUUCCUGUCUUGGCAUCACAUGCUGUACAGACAACAUCAUUAAAGCAUUUUCAUAGUG